ACAUGCAUGUGACCAUCUUGUUGUUCGUACAUAUUCUUGCAGGAGACACCCAUAAGGGUGUGAACGUGGAGCCCGAAGAACAGAGCGGGAUUGACGGUAUAUAUAUUUAUUGUAUAUAUCAAUGCACUGUGUGCAUAUAUAUGCAUAUGAGGGCGUACGCCAUUGGGUGGUUUCGUGGUUAUAAUUGGAAUUGGCCGUUACUUUUGAGUUUUAAUUUUUGUAAUAGAGAGUAAAGUUCCGGCAAUUGCAGGUAAGCUUUAUUCUUGUGUUUACAAGAGGAAUGAAAACUAGGUUUUGGUAGGAUUUUUUGCUCUGUUUUUGGUUCGUUUCUUUCGGAGUUUUUUAGUGAAUAUGGAUGGCGGUGUGAUGGGAAAAAGUACAAUGGAUGGAGGGUCUGCAACACAUUUUAAGGGGUGGAGGAAAAAAUUUAGGGUGGAUGGUCUGUGUGAUUGGCUGGUUUUCAUGGGAGGUGUUGUGUCAGCAUUGUUUCUUGUGUGGGCUCUGUGGAGAGUUGGGUCUUCAAAUUAUACCAUGGAGACUCUAAAAACAGAAGGCAAUCCUGUAACUCACAAGUGCCAGGGGAGCAACAGUGGUGAGACCAGCUAUAGUGGUGUCGGUGACUGGGACAAGGGACCUGAAAAUUUUUACAAUGAUCCACAGGUCGGUUAUACAAUUGGGAAAACAAUUAAGGGCUGGGAUAUGAAGAGAAAGAUGUGGUUGGAGCAACACCCACAUGCUAAAAAUUAUGCAAAGUCAAGAGUUUUAUUAGUGACUGGCUCUCAAGCCACCCCCUGCAAGAACCCGAUUGGAGAUAAUUUGUUGUUGAGGUCUUUCAAGAACAAAAUGGAUUACUGCAGGCGCCAUGGGGUUGACAUAUUUUAUAACACGGUGUUGUUGGAAGAGCAUAUGUAUACUUUUUGGUCCAAGAUCCCAUUGGUGAGGGCAGCCAUGGUGGCCCAUCCCGAGGCAGAGUGGAUCUGGUGGAUGGACGCUGAUGCAGUCAUUACAGACAUGGAUUUUGAACUUCCACUUGAGAGCUAUGAGAACUAUAACAUGGUGUUGCAUGGUUGGAAGCAUUUGGUCUAUGAAAAGAGGAGUUGGACGAGCAUAAAUGCUGGAAUUUUUCUGAUGAGGAACUGUGAAUGGUCCAUGGAAUUCAUGGAGAGGUGGGCUAGUAUGGGCCCACAAACCCCUCAAUUUGAUGCAUCUAGUGAACUGCUCUCAGAUACUCUGCCAGAUAGAGCCUUUAAGGACUCUGAUGAUCAGUCUGCAAUUGUGUAUUUGCUGCUCAAGGAGAAGGAGAAAUGGGGCGAUAAGAUAUUUUUGGAGAAUUUAUAUAAUCUGAAUGGGUAUUGGGUUGAGAUUGUGGGGAGCUACGAGGAUAUUGAAAAUAUCUACAAGGCUGCGGAGAAGGAGCAUCCUAUACUGAAUCAGAGGCAUGCGGAGAAAAUGAGCAGGGAAUAUGCAGAGAUGAGGAAGUUAUAUAUGGGGUUUGAUAAAAAGGCUGUUUCGAUGGGGCAAGCUGAAAUGAACAAGAGGAGGAGGCCAUUUGUGACACAUUUCGCAGGGUGUCAACCUUGUAGUGGAAAUCACAACAAGAUUUACAGUUCAGAGAAUUGCUGGAAAGGAAUGGAGAGAGCUUUAAAUUUUGCGGACAAUCAGGUGUUGAGAAAUUAUGGCUUCAAGCAUGACAAUCUUUCAUCCAAUCAUGUAACGCCAAUAUCAUCAUUCUAUAUUCCAUUUUAAAUUAGCCCAAAACUUUACUACUUGUGUAUUUCUGUAGAUAGUAGAAAUCAUCAUUGUUUUGUAAGGAUUGAAGCCUUUUGGCAGGCCUACAUAUCUAUCAUUUUGAUGGUACAUUGUUCGCUUCUUUAUUAGAAAUUACUCAUUUUCUAAACUCCUUCAUGGUACUAUUUUGAAUGGUCAUUAAGAUUGCCAGAAGGACAAAGAUGUAAGUAAUAUUCCAACAAAUACGUUAAAUGGUAAUGACAGUUAGUUCAA